AUGGAAGCUACAUUGAUAUGCGUAUACCAACUAAUGCAACUGUGGAGGAUAGUAUGCAUCACAGAAGAAGAUGUCAUCGAGUGCAAAUAUUCAAUAAGACUGAGAUGGAGAUUGAGAAGUUUAAAGAAAAACUGGGUACAAGAAGAUGACAUUUCACUGUGGAGAAAUGAGAAAGGUAAAUACAAGAAAACUUUCUCUACUAAAGGAACUUGGUCUUGUAUUAGAGAAAUGCAUCUUCUUUGUGAUUGGUACCAUGCUAUAUGGUUCGAUUAUGCAACGCCAAAGUUCUCUUUCAUCACUUGGGUCGCUAUGCGUGGGAGAUUAACGACAGGGGAUCGAAUGUUGAGAUGGAAUGGAAAUAGUGAUACGUCCUGCAUACUAUGCCAAGAGCCGUUGGAGACUUUAAGCCACCUAUUCUUUGAAUGUCCCUAUUCAGCGCAAGUUUGGGAGGCUCUCAUGAAGGGUGUACUUAAAGACCAAUACACUGUAAAUUGGGAUGCUUUGGUUGGUCUCAUUACAGGAGCCUCGAGUUGGAGCAAGACAAAGCUCUUUAUCGCAAGAUACAUGUUCCAAUCAACUAUACACAUGGUUUGGAAGGAACGAAAUAGAAGAAGGCAUGGAGAAACAAUAGCUCCUGCUCCACUAUUGAUCAGAAGAUUGGAUAAAAAUAUGAGGAACCAGUUUACGGUUAUUCGAAGAAAGGGAGGGAAGGAGUACGGAGAUGGAAUGGCUUUUUAG